UCACGACCUCCCACGCUAACAACAUUCACAAGAAUAGAAAGAAAGAGAGAGAGAAAAUUAAAGCUCCAAGCUUUCUUUUUCUUUCUCUCGUCACCUCCUGCAAAUAGGAAGGUUGGAGAAGAACAAGAAGUGGGGUCUCUGUUUUUUUCAGUUCUGUCCUUCCGAUUCCGAUAAAACCAUCAGCUUCAAAGCCCACACUCAAAACCCAAUCCAAAUCCACUUCAUAAUAUAUAGUAAGAGAGAGAGAAAGAGUUAAACUUUUCACAUCUCUCUUUCUAUCUAUCAGCUUCUCUCCUCCUGUUCUCAUGGAAGCUUCACCCAAUGAUCGACUUCACUUUGGCAAAAUGGGUUUUGGGUGUCAGCAUUACAGGAGGAGAUGUCAGAUCAGAGCUCCCUGUUGCAAUGAAGUCUUCGAUUGUCGCCAUUGUCACAACGAGUUCACUAGCACUUUACGGAAUAUCUACGACCGUCAUGAGCUUGUUCGUGAAGACGUUAAACAAGUGAUCUGUUCUGUUUGCGAUACAGAGCAACCGGUAGCUCAAGUAUGUUCUAACUGUGGUGUCAACAUGGGAGAAUACUUUUGCAAUAUCUGCAAGUUCUAUGAUGAUGAUACUGAGAAAAAACAGUUCCAUUGUGAUGAUUGUGGAAUCUGCAGAGUUGGUGGGCGUGAGAAUUUCUUCCAUUGCAAGAAGUGUGGAUCUUGUUAUGCGAUUGGUCUGCGGAACAACCAUCGCUGCGUUGAGGAUUCAAUGAGACAUCACUGUCCCAUUUGUUUUGAGUAUCUCUUUGACUCUCUUAAAGAAACAACAGUGAUGAAAUGCGGACACACAAUGCACUGUGAAUGCUACCAUGAGAUGAUCAAGCGUGACAAAUUUUGCUGUCCUAUUUGCUCGAGGUCAGUGAUUGAUAUGUCAAAAACAUGGCAGAGAAUGGAUGAAGAGGUUAGUUUAACAUCUUUUGGUAAAUUCUGUUUUAUGCAACGUUCUAAAAAAUUGUUCUAGCUGGCAAACUUUUCUGAGAUUAUUAGUGCAGUUCAUUAGUUUGUAUGCUUUUUUAUUAUCUUUUUUUUUUAAAAAGCUUUCAAGUACUUUUUCA